AUGUCUAAAGAUCAAGAAGAGCAAUUGAGAGUGGGUCGUAGCCACACUGAAGCUACUCAUUACGAAGAGAUACCAACAGCUUUGGACAAUGGAAAAAAAUCAAAUGAAAAUCUAUCACCUGAAGCUGUAUCACAUUACAGAAAUUUAUUUAAAAGGGAAUCUUAUAUCAACAAUACUGUUAAAGUAGAGAAAGGUACAGUAGUGGUGCCCCAGGCCGCAGGACUACAAUCUAUCGGCAUUCCUCCACUGUUGAAAUUCAAUAGCAAUCUAUCUGACAUUCCCGUACCGAUACCCAAUUCGUCUGUAACAGAUCGUACGCAUGCGUCCUACACGCGCAUGCGCCAAACAGUAAUGAUUUGUCGCGCCCAAAUUGUACAGCACGACGACGAGGGGCCCAUCAACGGGCUAAGUGACAUGAGCUCCCCUAAAUUGAACGAAAGAUGUCCAAGUAGUUUGAGCACUGGAAAGAAACUGCUGAACAACGAAUCCAAAGAGGAUUCAUUAGACAACUCAAUAAGGGAGUCGGGGAAGUCUGAAAGAUCUGGAGGUAAAAGUGAAGAAGAUUGGAGAAGACGUACAAUCAUCGUGGAGAAAAAAAAUGGCACAUACGGUUUCACCUUGCAAAGUUACGGAAUCCACUACAAAAAGACUAUUUGUAUAAAAAUAAUUUGAUAUUCUCAUGAUUUAUUAAUACUGUCAACUAUGCUAUUAUUUUAAUAUUAUUCAUAUUAAAAAACUUGUUCGAAUUCGAAAUUAAGCACAGCUGAAACAGCGAGCUUCAAUAAAAUAAAACUUUUUGAAGUAGCUUUUAUUUGAUUGGAUGAUAUGAUAUGACAGAACUAUGCUCGAGCUCGAGAUCAAGGCUGCUUUUGUAAAAAUAUAGUAUUGCAGAUUAUCUCAUCUGGGAUUUACUGAAAUAACUUUUUUUUCAAUGAACAGGAACAAGAGAUCGAAGUGAUCACUUAUGUGGAUCACGUGGAAGCUGAAGGUCCAGCGGCGGCGGCUGGUAUGAGAGAGGGAGAUGUUAUUCUCUCCAUUAAUGGAGUGGACGUCGAGCGAGCCGACCACGCUGCUAUUGUCGAAGCCAUCAACAACUGCGACGCCCGCAUGCGCAUGGUUGUUAUUUUCGAGGACUGUGUGCGAAAGGUCGAACUCCAUCUUAAGUAUAUUAAUCUACAACGAGCAAUACAAUCCAAAAUGAGAGAACUAGAACAACUUACCGUACGUGAAAGGCAACUCUUUGAUUCGAAUUGGAAAACUCACAGCUUGCCCUCGCAGAAGAAGAAAAAUUCACCAGCUGAUGCGAUAUCUGAUUCUGAUGAAAAUAAUAUUACUGAUAAUAUAAACACUUCGUACUGUAGACCUACUCUUUCAAGUGAAAAUGUUACUGCCGCAAAACCCCCGCAAAGUAAUGUAUUCAUGUAUCAAUAUUUAGACCCCAGAUACGGAGCGUGUGUUAUUCAGCCAAGCAUCAGAACAGGUAGCUUUGUUAUCACUGUAGGAUCUCCUAGAAAUAAACGCGAGUGCCAUCAUUAUGUAGUUAAAACGCCAAGCGAAUGUAAUCGGGCCUCAGAAAAAUACAAAGCAGCGAAUGGCAAACAUACGAAGAUUCACAGAAGUAAUCAUAGCCACAGCUGUGCUCCUUGCAUGCCAAAUUAUAAUAACCAAGAUGCAAACAGUCUUGAGGCAUAUGAUCUAGCUAGUCCAUGUUGCGACCCUCAUUGUGUACCUAACUCAAGAAAGAAAUUGAGACGUAAGAAAGAAUGUUCGAAAGAACAUAAAAGAAAAGACAAAUGUCAACAAGUAGACAAAUCGACGCAAAAACCAGAUGGAUGCUCACAUUCACGUUCGAAGAAAAUUUGUUCUUCGGGACAUUGCUCAAGCCGUUAUCGAUAUUUGACAACAGAAUCUACUCAAACAAGUCAAUGCAGUUUACAAUCUUAUGCGACAAGUAAUGCAACAGCUCCCUGCGAUAAUUCAGCUUCUAGCUACAGUACGUCAUUGAGUAGUGACACUCUAUUUUGGGACAACGAUAGAUCUGAAGCGAAGUCUUCACCGAAAAUCCAAUACCAGAGCUCUCACUCACACGUAAAGCCGAAAUCAUGGGAUAAUCUGACAACAAAAGCUUUCGGUGGCUACGGCUUUGGUUACGGAUAUUUGGACACUAGUGCUAAACACACGAAUCGUUCGAAGAGCCAUGGUAGAAGUCACAGUGGGCGUAGUACUCAAAGUCAUCACGAGUAUCAACAACAUCACCAAGAGAAGCACUCUCAUCGACAAAGUGUCAGUCAACACCAUUAUUCGGUGUAUACUAGGAGUCACAGUCACUGCGCUCCAACGAAAUCUACUGAGAGCCUAAUUGUAGUGCCUAAAUAUCAAUUGGAGAGCAGUGGCUCUGAAAGUAGGCUAGCGUGUGACUGUGGUGAAUCUGUGGAAUACUAUCGUCGGGUCAACUCUAAUAAAAGCCCAGGCGAAUCACAUUCAUCUGGUUACUACUCACAACACUUCAUAUACCCCACUCAUUCGUAUAAAAAGAAAGAUCCUAAUAUCAGCUCAGAAAUAACAAGAUUAUAA